CAACAACCAUGAGCUUGCUACGACCAGAGGACGAGGGCGACGGAAUCGAGGUUGCAUGGGAGGACCAGCAGCGCAUCAAUACCUUCUCCAAGCUUAACAACCGGCUGGCAGACAUCAAGGACCAGCUGAAGGUCAAGCAGGAGGAGAAGGAAUACUACGACGACCUGUCGAUGGAGCUCGAGCUCGCCGACGACGACAAGCCCGUGCUGUACAAGCUCGGCGAGAGUUUCUUCUCCCUUUCGCUUCCGGCAGCGAAGAAGCAGCUGCGCGGGGACACGAAGCGCGCCGACGCGGACAUUGGCGAGCUCGAGCGCCGCGCAGACGAGUGCCAGAGCGGCAUGAACGAGCUCAAGGUGCACCUCUACGCAAAGUUCGGCAAGCAGAUCAACCUCGAGACGUAGUGCAUGUACUUCAUAAUCUCUG